UGUGUCGAACAGAACGCAUCAGUUGAUCAGUGAGCACCGUCGUGUUUGUAUUGUGUGGGAUUUAAAAACAUCGCAUUGUUUCGAUACUCAACGGGAAUCGAUACGGCACAUUGAGGAAAGAACCGACAGGCAUACAAUCUACGCCUCGUUCGUCGCUUUAAGCGAAGACCCCCCCUAGCUGGGAAUCUCAGCAGACCCAGGCGACAUGGAUGGUUUUUACGACCAGCAAGUCCCCUUUAUGGUUCCCCCCAGUCAUAAAUCUCAUGUGGAAGAACCAUGCAGCAGACCGUUCAAUGACAGGAAAAGAAAGUUUGUGGACACUGAACUCGCCCAGGACACAGAAGAGCUCUUCCAGGACCUAAGUCAGCUGCAAGAGAUAUGGAUUGCGGAAGCUCAGGUUCCUGAUGACGAGCAGUUUGUCCCAGAUUUCCAGUCGGAUAACUCAGUGGUGUUUCAUGGCCCCCCUCCGACCAAGAUCAAACGAGAGCUGAGUCCCUCCAAAGAGCUGUCCCCCUGCAGCCAGGAUCAGAGCCUAACACCCUAUGGAGAGAAGUGCCUUUACAGCUACAGUAGUGCCUACGACAGGAAGCCUGUCGUUGGGUUCAAGCCAUUGACUCCACCCUCCACGCCUGUGUCACCGUGCGGCUCCGCCCACACUCCGGGCACACGUCCGGCCCACGAACGGACUCCUCCCAACGUCCCCAGCCAGGCCCUGGGUCCACGCCCCCUGCAAGGGCAAACAGCCGCUCCGAGUGGCGCGCACAACCAGAGGACACUCCCACUCCACAACCAGAGCCCACCCUUCGCAGUGCCCUGUCCACCCCUCAGUCACGGUGACUCCACCUACAGCGUUGAACACAGGUUUCACAGACAGCUCUCUGAACCCUGCCUACCUUUCCCACCUUCCGAGGUCCAGGGGCGCCCCCCUUUCCCACCCCACACCCCCAGGACUUCGUCCUGUGAUGGGCGGCCUCCUUAUCAUCGUCAAAUGUCGGAGCCCCUCGUCCCUGUGCCUCCCCCUCCCCAGGGGUUCAAACAGGAGAUGCUGGACCCCCGCUACGCUGAGCAGGGCGUCCCCACCAUGGGCCCCCCACAGCCUGCCUUCAAUCCCCUGGCCAUCAAGCAGGAGCCCCGAGAUUUAUGCUUCGACUCUGAAGUGCCUAAUUGCCAGUCUUCAUUUGGGAGGGCAACAAGCUUCUACCAAAACAACCAAGAAAGCUUCGCUUUCGACAGAGAGCCACACCUGUACUACGACGACACCUGCGUGGUUCCAGAGCGGCUGGAAGAGAAAGUAAAGCAGGAGCCCUCCGUGUACCGCGAGGGCCCGCCUUACCAGCGCCGUGGCUCCCUGCAGCUUUGGCAGUUCCUCGUCACCCUGCUAGACGACCCUGCCAACGGCCACUUCAUUGCCUGGACCGGCCGCGGCAUGGAGUUCAAGCUCAUUGAGCCGGAGGAGGUGGCCAGACGCUGGGGCAUCCAGAAGAACCGGCCAGCCAUGAACUACGACAAGCUGAGUCGGUCCCUGCGCUACUACUACGAGAAGGGCAUCAUGCAGAAGGUCGCUGGAGAGAGGUAUGUCUACAAGUUUGUGUGCGACCCCGAGGCCCUCUUCUCCAUGGCCUUCCCUGACAACCAGAGGCCCAGCCUGAAGGCCGACCCAGACAGCCUGCCCGGCGCUGAGGACGACACUCUGCCCCUCACCCACUAUGACGAGAGCGCCCCCUACCUGGUGGACGGAGCAGAGCAGUGCAUGGCAGGGCUCUCAUUCCCUGAUGGCUAUGUGUACUGACCCUCCCCCCCCAGCCCUGACAUGUCCCAGUAUCUGAACUGCUUAGCAGAAUGGGAGACCUGAACCACACCCCCCCCCCCUCCUGACUUGUUGGCCACUUCCAGAUUCACACCCCUUCUGAGAAAGAGGAACCCUCUUUGGUACUGCUUGUACCAAUUGGCGAGAUUGGACUGGCAGAGUGGAAAGUUUUGGACUCCAAAGGCUCCACCCACCUAUCAGAGGAAAGGGAGGUCACUUUGUUGCUAUGGAGAUAGGGAAGGGUGAGGGAGGGGCCACACAGUGCCGGAAGACUGACAGAUUUUUCUGUGCAGACUGCAAGAUUUGUAGCAAUUCUGUAUUGACAAUCUGCUUUUUUAAAAAUGAGUAAAGUGUAUAAGGAUUAUAAUCUUAAAGAAAAAUCAAACACAGCACUAUUCUAUAGUUGCCUUUUUGGUCCCCAAUUAUUUUUUUCCUUUCUUUACAAAUCUUUACAAAAAAGCAUCACAAUAUACUACACAUAUUGUAAACAGAAAGGGCUUUAUUUUGCAAGAAUAAAAUUACUAGAUCUCAUUGCUGUUUUAAUCUUGGUCAGACAAUGACAUUGAUAACUGGCUUUUCAGUAAUGGUGGCUUUUAUGAACUGAAACUUUUGGUUUCUGUCCUUCUUAUUCCUCAGCUAGGACACUAAUAUUUCCUUCAGAUUGGGGUGGAAGACUGUUUGAGUCAUCAUAAAAAAAGUGUUGUGUUUGUUUUCCUUUUACGCUGGACUGAGAACCCAGCCCUAAGAUGUCAGUGUUAGCCCAUUCACACCUUCUGAGGCUGCAUCAAAGCAAAGAUACUGUGCUUGGUCUGCUUCACAGGACUGUUAGACCAUUCUCCAUGCUCACACACUCCAGCUUGGCCUUGCGAGUACUGAGAAGUUCCAUCACUACAGUACUCCAGGUUGCCCGGCUAGUCUGCAGGAAUCUUUCUUUUCUAUCCUCGUGUGACAAACUUCAAAAGGGAUGCAUAUGACAGUAUUUUUUUCUUCUGGAAGCUUUGAAUUUAUAAAUAU